CUCACCGGUCUCUCAACCAAAACCCUAACCCUAACCCUAACCCUUGUCCCCGCCGCCCCAUUCCUCCCUCUCGAUCUCCGAUGGCCGCCGCUGCGCGUCCUCUAGUGUCCGUCCAAAUCCUGGAAGGCGACAUGGCCACUGACGGCAACUCCGUCCCCCUUCCCGACGUCCUCAAGGCCCCGAUCCGCCCCGAUGUUGUCCGCUUCGUUCAUGCUGGUCUCUCCCGCAACAAGCGCCAGCCCUACGCCGUCUCCAAGAGAGCUGGUCACCAGACCUCUGCGGAGUCCUGGGGUACUGGUCGUGCCGUAUCCCGUAUCCCUCGUGUUCCCGGCGGUGGUACCCACCGCGCCGGUCAGGGAGCUUUCGGCAACAUGUGCCGUGGCGGUCGGAUGUUCGCACCGACCAAGAUCUGGCGCCGCUGGCAUCGCCGGGUCAACACUGCUCAGCGCCGCCUCGCCGUAGCCUCCGCACUAGCCGCGUCUGCCGUCCCAUCCCUCGUCCUUGCUCGCGGCCACCGCAUCGAGGCCGUCCCCGAACUCCCACUCGUUAUCUCCGACUCAACUGAAUCCAUUGAGAAGACCUCCUCUGCUUUGAAAAUCCUCAAGCAGAUCGGUGCCUCUGCUGAUGCUGAGAGGGCGAAAGAUUCUCAUGCGAUCCGAGCCGGAAAGGGUAAGAUGAGGAACCGCCGCUAUGUCUCCCGUAAGGGCCCCCUGAUCGUGUAUGGUACCGAGGGAUCGAAGAUAGUGAAGGCAUUCCGCAACAUCCCUGGUGUUGACGUUGCGAAUGUCGAGCGUCUUAACCUUCUGAAGCUUGCUCCUGGUGGGCAUGUUGGAAGGUUUAUCAUCUGGACCAAAUCAGCCUUUGAGAAGCUUGACUCAGUGUUCGGAACCUUUGACAAGCCCUCCGAGAAGAAGAAGGGGUGGGUGCUGCCUCGUCCCAAGAUGGCGAAUGCUGAUCUUGGUCGGAUUAUUAACUCCGAUGAGGUUCAAUCGGUUGUUAGGCCGAUUGACAAGACUGUGAAGCGCCGGUCGCUGAAGAAGAACCCGCUGAAGAACUUGAACGCCAUGUUGAAACUGAACCCAUAUGCAAAGACAGCAAGGAGGAUGGCUCUGCUUGCUGAGGCCCAGCGCGUGAAGGCAAAGAAGGAGAAGCUUGAUAAGAAGAGGACUCAGCUUCCAAAGGAGGAAGCUGCUGCAAUCAAGGCUGCAGGGAAGGCUUGGUACAAGACAAUGAUCUCAGAUAGCGACUACACUGAGUUUGAGAACUUCACCAAGUGGCUAGGCGUAACCCAAUAAAUGAUUGAUAAAUUUUCCUCUUGGACAUCGUUAGGGUUUUGCCUUUUUCAUUUUAAAGUUAUCUUUGAGCGUAAAUUUGUCGUUGAACCUGGUAAACAAAUUUGGUAUUUGGUUAUCGUCUUCCUGCUUUCUCCUUGAGAAGUGGGGAGGCGUUUUUUUUUUGAGCAAGUGAUGUUAUGCUGGUUGUUCUUUGUUAGAACCAUUCUUAUUUCAUAGUGUUUCCUAAGACUUGUUGCAAUGUUGUUAGGCUUCUGCUUAAAUCCUUAUCUCCAGGCGGUUGGAUUAAAUACACUGAUGCAUGUAACAUGUCAACCCAUUGCUUAA